AUGCAGUCACUAAGCGUUUACCGCCUUCAUAAACUUCUGGUUGUCGUUGGUCUUCUUCACGUCCGUGUAAAUGCCCAAACCUCUACGGCCGAUCGGACGACGGAAACUGGAGAGGCUGCUAUCACUGACCCGAACGAGGAAUGCUCGCCUUAUAGUUAUCCUCCUGUCGUGAAUCAACUGAGUGCUUUUCCUUCGAUAUGGGAAGCUGCUUCUAUCCUAUCAGAUGAUUCAGCGGCGCAAGCUAAGUGGGAUUCAAUAUCAGCUAAUAUCCCUUCAAACAUUAGCGUGAAGACCCAGCCUCCGGCGAGCAAUUAUUCUUCUGAUGAUCCAGAUUGUUGGUGGACAUACAGCCUCUGCACAGAGCCAAAACUAUCUGGCCUUCCCGUCGAUAUUUCUGCCGCUCCGGAGCCUUCAACUCUUGGUUAUGGUUUUGACGAUGGACCAAAUUGCUCGCACAAUGCGUUUUACGAUUUUCUCCUAAAUCAAAAUCAAAAAGCGACAUUCUACUACAUUGGCUCUAAUGUGGCAGAUUGGCCCCUAGAGGCCCAGCGCGCUCUCGCCGACGGCCAUGAGAUAUGUGCUCAUACGUGGUCGCAUCCAUACAUGACCACUUUCUCUAGCGAGGCUGCUUUUGCUGAAUUGUGGUAUUCUAUGCAAAUGAUCAAGCUUGCUGUUGGCGUAACGCCUACCUGUUGGAGACCCCCCUAUGGAGAUGUCGACGAUCGAAUUCGCUCAAUCGCCCAUGCAUUGGGACUGCAAACUAUCAUGUGGGGAUAUGAUAGUGAAGACGCCGAUAUCAAUGGUCAAAGCAUCACUGAUCAAACCGUGGUUACGAACUACAACAACUUCAUCACAACGGCUAGCAAUGGCACCUUCAACUUUACUGGUGCAAUCAUAUUGACACAUGAGUUGAACAAUUUUACUAUGUCAGAAGCGGUACAGUUUUAUCCGCAACUCAAAAGUUCCUUUCAGCAUAUUGUCCCGGUCGGAGUGUCACUGAACAAGACACAGCCAUACGUGGAAACCAAUUACUCCUUACCAACAUUUGAGCAGUACAUUGCCGGUGCGGUGUCGGUGAACGGUACCAGAGUCUCCCCUAAUUCUACCAGCUCAUUUCAGUCUGAGUCAUCAACUUCGUCGAUUUCGAGUUCUUCCACCCCCCCUGCAACUACCUCUGCAUCAAAUGCGGCUAACAGAGUGGCAAUCUACAGAGGUUUCCUGUUAUUAAUGUUUUUCGGCUUGAUACGUUACCCCCUUUGA